CCAAUUACCCGCCGCCCACCGGCCGCACCAACAGGAAAAAUUGCAAGCUAGCCCCGUCCUCCCCCCGCAUUCUGACGUGAAAAAAUCGGAGCUUUUUCUUUCGUUCAUGGGGUCCAAUGGCCCGGCCUUUCUCGCUCGAAAGGUCGCCGCUGGCGGCAAGCGUUCCACGCACUUUCCUCCGGCCCCGUCCGGCGGUGAGAUUCUCCCAGGCGAGAUCGCGGCUGUCCAUGCCGCGGGCGUAAGGGUGGUGGUCGAGGAGGACACCGCGGCAGCCAUGGCGGCGUCGGCGGGCAGGCUGGCGGCCGCGCUCCACCGGAGGACGCACCGGGUCACGUCCGCGCUGGCGUACGCGGCCCUGGAGUGGGUCCUCAUCGCGCUGCUCCUGAUCAACGGCCUGCUCGCCUACGCUAUCGCCCGGUUCGCGGACUACUUCGGGCUCGCGCCGCCGUGCCUCCUCUGCUCCCGCGUCGACCAGCUCUUCCAGGCGGGCGGCGGCGAGCCCGGCGGCGCGCGGUGGCUGCGGGACGCCCUCUGCGGCGACCACGCCGCGGAGAUCUCCGCGCUCGGGUACUGCCUCCGGCACCGGCGGCUCGCCGGGGCCGGAGAGAUGUGCCAGGGCUGCCUGUCCUCGUGUAAGGAGGAUACAAGCGAUGCACGGGACAAAAGCGCCACGGCGUGUUCUUGCUGCAAAGCUGCUGUACGGACAUCUUCGCGCGAGCUGGAGGGUACAAGGGAAGAACAUGUCGAGGAGAAGGUAACUGAAGAAGGAAAAGAUGACGACCAAGGCUACGUUCUGCUGGCUCAAGAAGAUCAUGAAGAGGAAGAGGAGGAGCAGGACGUGUUCGAAAACCAAGAGCAACAGAGCGAGGUGGGAGGAGGACAAAAAGAAGAAGACGAGCUGAUGGCUGCCGUUCAGGAUGAAUCAUUGGAAGUCAUGGUUCAGGGCGAAGAGAUCGCGCUCGAGGACGCCCGAUUGGUGCCGGUUGUGGCGCUUGAUGAGAUGACUAUCGCCGAUGAUUCGGGUCUGCACCGGGACGUGGAAGAGGAGGAUGGAAUGGAUCAAGUAGAAGAUGAGUCGGAUUCCAGGGAUGUGGAUAUCGGAGUGGUUCUGGAGGAGAAGAGGAUGUUGGAUUCCUCGGUUGCAACGCCGGUCGAUGUGAUCGAUGACUCUGUCGUGCCCAUCAGCCCCAUCGCUUGUCCAGAGACUGUAUCAAGCCCAUCUCAUCCUGAUCAUAACUCCAUUUCCCAAGAUGAUGCAGAUGUUACUGAAGAUGCCGUUGAAAUUGGAGAUUCCACAGCUGAAGAAGAUCACAUCUUUGUGCCUCAAGUCUCAGAAGCCGUUUCUGAAGAUGACAACAGAACGGCAGAGGUGGACACGAACUGCGAAGUAUCAAUCGGAAGCGAUAUAUGCGAACGGGAGCAAGAUGACCAUGUCGUUCCAUUUCAAGACUUGGCAACGCUCGAGGAGUCCGUUGCGCGACUGGCUGGUGCAGAUGAUCAGCCAUCGCCAUUGGAGAUCCUAGCCCCAACUGAGCAAGGUGAAGCCGAACAGGAGGAGGUUGUGAGGAGAACGGGAUUAGACAACCAACCAACUGGACAAAACGAGAUGGAAGAAGACAAAGCACCUGAGACACCGACGAGCGGCGUCGCAACACAACGCUCGGGCAGAAUGUUUUUGCUCGAGAGGAAACGGUCGCUGUCGUUAUCCCUGGACGGGAGCGUCGCGAGCGAGAUGGAAGGCGGCGAGCCUUCCACCGUGGACCAGCUGAGAUCGGCGCUGCAGGCCGAGCGGAAGGCGCUGGGCGCGCUGUACGCGGAGCUGGAGGAGGAGCGGAACGCCGCGGCCAUCGCGACGAACCAGACGAUGGCGAUGAUCAACAGGCUGCAGGAAGAGAAGGCGGCGAUGCAGAUGGAGGCGCUGCAGUACCAGCGGAUGAUGGAGGAGCAGUCCGAGUACGACCAGGAGGCGCUGCAGCUGCUGAACGAGCUGGUCACCAAGCGGGAGCGGGAGAAGCAGGAGCUGGAGAGGGAGCUCGAGCUGUGCAGGCAGAAGGUGCAGCACUACGAGGACAAGGAGCGGAGGAGGAUGGCGAGCUUCAAGGCCAAUGGUGGCAGCCCCAGUGGCAGUGGCAGUGGCACUUCCGUGUCGUCCAGCGGCGAGGACAGCGACGGGCACUCCGACGACUACUGCGAGCUCGGCGAGUCUCCGGACGGCGGCAACGUUCAGAGCUCGUCAGAUGCUGCUCUUUGCUCCAUGAGGGAUCGGGACAGCACGAAGCACCUAGUGGCUCUGGAUGAUUCCUUGACCUACUUUGAGAUGGAGAGGCUCUCCAUCUUGGAGGAGCUCAAAGCACUGGAGGAGAGGCUCUUCACAUUGGAAGACGACGACAUCACCGGCAAUGCGGCUGCUGGCCAUUCCUCCGGUGGUUUGGACUUGUCCGCCGAUGGCCUCCAAUCACCUGAGUACAUUCCCACCGGUGACAAGGCAAGGUUCGGGGGCAGGACCUCUAUCAGUAGGGUAAAGUCUCUUCUGCCUCUGUUCGAUGCAGUUGGCGAUGAGACCUGUGAUCAAAUGCCAUCUGCAAGGGCAGAAGAUGCAGAUCAAGCUGAUGAUUCGGCGAAAAAAUCGGUAUCCGUGCUUGUCAAAGAGCAGGAGAGGCUGGCAAUCAUAGAGGAGGUUGAUCAUGUGUAUGAGAGAUUGCAAGCUCUGGAGGCAGACAAGGAAUUCCUAAGGCACUGCAUCAAGUCCCUGAAGAAAGGAGACAGGGGCAUGGACCUCCUUCAGGAGAUCUUGCAGCAUCUUCGCGAUCUCAGGAAUGUGGAACUUCACGUCAAGAAUGCCGGUGAUGCUAUUGCUGCAAAUUCAGUCUAGCGAGUUCAUCUAUACGUGUGAUUAUCCUAGCUAGGUAGUUGGUAUGCAUUCAGUCGACUGGAGCGGAAUGAUCCAAAGCACUGCAUUGGUGAUGGUCCCUCUGCAAGAUGAUGGCUGAUUUUAAGGGAGGCUCUGCUCAUUUUGCCUGUGGGCCGGAAGCAAGCCCUCCCUUUUUGUGCUGGUCCAGCGCUGCCUACCUUUUCUGGUGUGGUGGUCGGUGGUAGGAAUCAUUAGGCCUUCCAAAGCUGCACAAAGCUGAAUCAUGGUGCCAGCUUCUGAGGCAUGUUGAAAACAAAAGAAAAAGGUUAUCUAGACUGAGUGGAGAUGUGGAGGAUUUUUUUCUUUUUGGGUUAUUUUGCUUUUUUCAGAUGUAAUCUUUUGGUUAACUUUCAGAUUUGUUUUUGUGCUGAGGUAGGGAGUGUCCAUGCAUUUGCUCUGAUUUUUUUGGGUGAGGUUGUAGCUUGUAUGGUUGGUAUGUGCAGUUGUUCUUUUGUUUAUAGCCAGCAAGAAAGGAAGCCUGUUUAUGGAGAAGUAUUAUUGUACCAUGAUGUCUAGUCCAUGGAGAGUUGGUGCUUCUUCUUCAAAUUUGUAAAUCAUAAGCUCCCAUCCUUGUAAGGAAGCUGUUGAUAUUACUAGUAUUAUUAUGUCUUUAUGAUAGUA